AGUCCGGCUAACCAUCCAGAUCUAUUCUUUACAUAUAAUACGAUAUGUGUUAGCAUUAAUACCACCGUCAGCAAAUAUGUUAUUGUGAUAACACACUUUUUUCAGUAUCAUACACUACACCGUUACACUGAGCACGUUCGACGAUAAACUUUACCAUUAAAGUUAUUUCACAAAUAUUUUUUGACUUUUAGUUUUAUUGAAACGUCAUACCGGCUUACAUUCAUCACCAUCAUCAUCAUCAUCGGCAUUCUAGUUUUGAUAAAAAACAAAACAAAAAAUUAGUAUAAUAAAAUAUUUAAAUAGGACAAUAAAAUAUUUUUUAAAAGCAUUAUUGCUUUUUUUUUUAUUAAGAUUUAGAUAAAAAAUAUAUUAGUGUAAUAUGAAGUCGUGUUUGCUGAUAUUUAUCACUGCCACGGUGGCAAUCGUAUCAGCUAAUGCUGAAGAUUGCAAAGGAUGUGUUCCAUUGGAUACUAUAACGUUUGAUAAAGUAAUUAGCAAAUUCAAAGCUGCAGUGGUGAAGUUUGAUGUGGCAUUCCCAUUUGGAAAUAUGCAUGAAGAGUUUGGAUCUGUCGCUGAGACGACCAAAGAUGUUGAAGAUCUUCUUGUUGCUAUUGUUGGGGUCAAGGAUUUUGGAGAUAAGGACAAUGCAGACUUGGCUAAACGAUUUGAUAUUGAUAAAAAGGACUUCCCGGUGGUACUUUUAUUUGUACAGGGACAGACAAAGCCCAUAAAGCUAUUGAGCAAAGAGAAUGAACAAGAUUUCACGGCUACUAACAUUAAAAGAUUGGUCAGAGCUAAAACUGGAAUUUACUUGGGACUGCCUGGUUGUGUUGAACAAUUAGACAGACUUGCUGAAGAAUUCAAAAUAGCUGAUGAGAAAGAGAGACAAGAAAUAUUGAGCAAGGCUCGAGACUUUGAGAUGACUCUUCCAGAGCAACAUCGACUUGCGGCAAAGGUUUAUGUAAAGAUGAUGGAGAAAAUAUUAGAAAAGGGUGACGAGUUUGUUCAAUCAGAGCACACGAGAAUAGAUGGUUUGCUGAAAGGAAAAUUGUCUAAUGACAAGAAACGCACUAUGGAAGAGAAGAAAAAUAUUUUACAGUCUUUUGCUCAUAAAGACGAAUUAUAAAUUUGUUUGUUUUUAUUUUUUAAUUACUGUUGGCUACACAGAAAAAAAGAUUUCCUGACGCAAAAAAUUUUCUUGUCUUCAAUUCAUAAUGAAAAAUAUUCUUUGUGCCAAGAAAUGCUUUUUUUCUUUCUACCAAACGAGUUACAAUCAAGCUAUUAAUUUGUGAUGAACUUUUUUCAAGUUCCAAGGGAUUCCAGUUGGAUAUUUAAAUAUAUUUAUAGUUUAUAAUAGUGAGCAGAAGUCUGAUAUCUCAAAAAAUGAAAAAUACAUUAUUAUAUAUAUCCUCUUACUUAUUGUAAUUAUAAAUAAAUCGAUUAAAAAUCAUUAUUUUAAUAAA